AUGAGGCGAGCGAGGGCAAACGACAACGAAAGAAGUAAACAUAAAACACAUCAGGGAGCCUGUAUAAGUGGGUGGCGCUCUGAAAAACGAAAAAGGGCGGUCAGAAGUCCCUCACCGCAACAUCCGUCAGGGCGCGUUCAAGGGAAACUUAGAGCACGAAGAGGGACGAGACGGUUUUUUGUAUCUCAACUGCACAAGGUUACCGACUUCUUCUUACUCGACUGGCGUCUGACCAGCUAUGUACCCUGGCUGUCGGGAACUCGGCCGUCAUCGAACAUACUCAGUCCUGGCGGAUGCUGUAUAUCAGUACCAACAGGCGCCACCGGAUGGUCAGCUUGCACAGCAAGUCACCGGCGACGACUAGCGCAAAGGUCAGAGCUCUCAACCUGGUCCGAGGAUCCAACGUGGUCAAUUACACAUCUUGCGCAGCCCGGGCCCGGUCUGACUGUCAAGCUCUGA